AUGGACUCGACAACAGGCUACCUCGACGACCUGCCUGCGUACCAAGGAUCAAGCAUUAUGCACGCACUGCAAGCACAGUCGUUAGCAGGCAGCGGCCGUGAAGGUAGUCGAGGGUAUCGGGAUGCACUUCCCGGACCGUCAAACAGGCGCCCUGGGCAGGCCACGCGCAAUGAAAGCCCUCAGACCCACAACAUCAGCGAUGAAGGCAAUGACGAUGACGACUACACGGACAGCAGCAGCAUUUCAAGCUACGAUAGCGAAGAGGCCGCGCGGUUAGCACAGCAGGAGUGGGACGAGACGGUGCGGCAGUUUCAGACGAUCGUGCAGAUCAUGGUCCUACCGUAUAUUGGAAAAUACUUUGGGCGAAAAUGGGGCUAUUGGGUAUUCGCACGAUGGAAACUGCACGGCUUGGCGCCAUCGUUCUUUGGCCUCGAUUGGAUGCUCACGGAGAACUCGUUCAUCUCCUCGAUCGGUACUGCCUUCUUCCAGCGAUAG